UUCAGCCAGAACAAUGUGAUGGGAAAAAUCGCCUGCACAGGUCAGGCAAAAAUAGGCACAUCGACAAAGGAGUUGCUCGAAAUUUUACAAAAUGAUGAACUCCCCCCAGUCGUUAUGGACAAAGUGGGUACCUUCACACGUCUGAAGGAGAAGCAAAAUUUAUUGUAUGAAAGGAUCCUCUUUAAACCGACAAGCUUUUCCACUUUGUCUCAUUUUAUGCAGAUGAUGGAGAAGGAAAAUUUACUGAGCCAAUUUGAUGUGUACUUUUUUGAAGAGGACUUUCAAAAAUUUAAAUUAAAUAGGGCUCAAAGUGGAAAGGAACUUUUUAUAGACAUCAGGGGAGUUGAUCAACCGAAGCAGAUUUCCUUGGGGGGAAUGUCCACUCUAGAUGGAUCAGUUAAAACGAAGUGCACAACAACCCAAUUGUUGAAAAAGUACGGUGUGGAACCGCUACACUAUUAUAAUAUCCAAAGGUACGAGCCGAACGAAGAUCCCUCGUCCUUCCUCAUCGAUAAGAGAAGGUUAACAAAGGAGGAGUACACGUACCAGUAUGUGUCCACCAUUUUGCCCUACAUAUGCUUCACCCUGAUGUUGUUCUUCCCGCACGUCCUCAUAUGUUUGUAUAUCCCACAUAUGAAGGAAAAAAAUGAAAAGCAGCGAAAAUUGUGUAAAUUAUUUCAAAUUAAGCAGCACGUACACAUGUAUAAGGACAUCAGACCGGAGCAUCUCCAAAACGUUAUCGAUAACAAUGUUAAAACACUCGUGUUUUUUUACAACAACGAGAUUUUUAUGAAUAUGCGCAUGAAAUCUUUAAUGGUUGACCUGUCCAGAAUUUUAAAAAAAAAUUCUAUUCCUGUUAAUGUGGUCGGUGUCGAUACAGCCAAGCAUAGCAUUCGUUACGGUGUGGCCAAAGAUUUUGAGGAGGUUCUUUUUCCUGUGAUUUAUUUAAUUUGUCCUUAUCACUAUGAUAAUGACAGUGGCGUUUUUCGUAUUGAAGGCCCACUAACUUUGGAGAGCAUCUGUGCGCAGAUCGCCCAAUUCGUGCACGUUCCGCGGAACGCCUUUAGUCAAAUGCGGGACCUGACCCGCCUCAGCGACAACCUGCAGAGGUGCAUAUUCGAGCACGAAGUCAUGAACCAGAAGAAAGACCAAAUUUUGUACGACUACGGUACGGAGAUAGCCCACCUUUCUUGUCUCCACCUGAAUGGUCAGGUGCCAUUCUGA